UCCGUAUCGCAUUUACCAACACUGACAGUCUGUUAUUCUUUUUCUGUGUGAAAUUUCAUAAAAAAAUGCUUAAAAUUGGUAAAUUUAUAACACAAAAUGUGGCAGUGGCCAGGCAACAGCUGGCAGCCAGCAGUCGCUUUUACUCUCAGCCGUCGCAGAAUGCCGACAGCUCCGACCUGCCCAUUGACAUAACGAAUCCUUAUGAAAAGGACCCGCAGCAGUGCAUCCUGUGCAAGCAUGACAUUGAGCCUUAUUAUAAGAACGUAAAGUUGCUGUCGCAGUUCCAGUCGCCGUAUACUGGUCGCAUUUAUGGCCGGCACAUUACCGGAUUAUGCAAGCGCCGCCAGGAGCAGGUGGAACAGGCCAUACUGCGCGCCCAGCAGUGCUUGCUGAUGCCGGGCUAUCACAAGGACCUUGACUUCCUGGCGGACCCCAAGCUCUUUGACCCGGAGCGACCUGUGCGGCCGCACAAGUACUAGUUUGUGUUUAAGUUUGUUUUCUAUUUUCCGCCUCGGUAUGAAGUGAAUACAGUUUCUUUAUUUUA